AUGUCUUCGCCGGUGACCGUGAAGAACACAUUUGUGGAAUUGGAUGUUCAGACACAGUGGACACGUCGUCGAGUGUGCUCUGAGCCGGCGCUUCCUUUGAUUGAGGCCGAGGCUGCCUGCAGGCCGGAUGGACGCACAACGUUGUGCGUUUUCGGCUGGGGCCAAGAUUGCAGCGUGGAGUUUGUGGCGAAGAUGUUGAAGGCCAAUGAGCUGCUGCACAAGGUGAACUUUCUGUAUAUGCCCAUGGACUUCCGGCGCCAGGUCUCCUUUGGUGAGGUGUUUGUAAAUGCCAUCUCACCUUCAGCAGCUGGGGAUCUUUGGGAGAGCCUGAAAGGAGAGUACCAGGUGCGCUGGGCCAGCAAAGUCCAAGGCCUAAGCGCGCUGAUCCAGAAGUACCGAAACUUCUCGGUCAUGCACCACGACGUUCCGGACGAGGCGAAGCCUCGCCUUUACGUGAGCGGUGCCCGAAUUCCCUUCCCAGCUCCGACGAAGAAGCUGACCAGGCCCCGCCCGAAGGUGCAAGCUCUGCAUUGA